AUGGAAAUGCUUUCGAGUACCGUCACCAAAAGAUCAAUCCUGCCGGUUUCAAUGCCACCACGAGCACCGUCAGACACAGCAGCUCACCCCCCAUGUUGGUAUCGCGCUUGUUCAAAGAUGCUGCAUCAUGUGCGCGUUGAAAUACUUCUUGCAGCAUAUGCUUCAUUGAUCGGACUACUCCAACUGAAGUAUCAUGACGAAUCUGCCUUUGAAACACAUAGGUUCUUCAUGACAUUAUCUGUCGUUGCAAUGACUGUUUUUGCACUGGCUUACUGGAUUUUAGAGUACCAUACAUGCGAGAAUUCCAACACGAAUGAGUCAUACGCCCAUCAUAAGAUCUUAGUAAGUAUUGCUUUUUUCUCGAUGGUUACUGGUCUUCUCUCCAUUAUUUUGGUAUUGCUUCUUCCUGCAAAGUUCGUUUGGAUUGCCCAGGCAGCUAUGGGUUUGAUUGUUAUAGCGAUAAUAGCAUGCGUCUCUAUCGAGCAUGUGAAUUCACUACCAAAGAAAAUGCAAGUACCGAUUUCGAAGGUCCUGGAAUUAGAUCAAGAACAAGUUUCGACGGAGGUGAGACAAGAUAUUAAUGGGCCACUUUUAGUUUGA